AUGACAUUUCAGGUCGCUCGUGUAGCAUCGAAAAGAUGGCUAUCCUACAAUGCACCACGAGCAAAACGACCUAUAAUGCUCUCCUUUGAUACCUCACGUCCUAAACCUCUUACCAAAACUUCACAAAUACAAAUACAAAUACAUGAUUCAGCCAUACAUACCUCGCAAACAUGUGCUCCCCAAGCUUAUACUUCACGUAUACAUGCGUCACGGAUCCAUACCUCGACGGACCGAAAAUAUGAAAAGGAAAAGGACAUGAGAAAUGCGGAUCCGAAAGUGAGUGAUAUUGGAAGGGCCAUUGAGGAUGAUUUUGCUACCAUUAGAGAUUGUUAUGCUACACCCAAACAUCCCAUCGUUCUCGCCCAUGGUCUCUUCGGCUUCGACGAAUUCCGCAUCGCAGGCAGCCUCCUCCCCGCUGUACAAUACUGGCGCGGUAUCACCAACGCUCUGCGCGCCAAAGGAAUCGAAGUUAUAAUUGCCUCCGUACCCGCCUCUGGCAGCAUCGAAGAACGGGCCGCGGUAUUGGGAAAAGAUAUUGCCGCGAAAGCCAACGGCAAGAGUGUUAAUAUCAUUGCGCAUAGUAUGGGGGGCCUGGAUGCGCGAUUCAUGAUAUCGAGAUUACAGCCGCAGAAUGUGGAAGUUCUGAGUCUGACGACGAUCGCGACGCCGCAUCGGGGGAGUGCCUUUGCGGAUUAUUGCUUCGAUGAGAGUUGGUGGCAUGGAAUGAUACCGGGAUUGAUUCGGAAAUUGAAUGAAGUGGGUAUUAGUACAGGGGCAUUUACGCAAUUGACGCGAAAAUAUAUGAGUGAGGAGUUUAAUCCCCAGACGCCGGAUGAUGAGAGUGUGAGAUAUUUUAGCUAUGGAGCGACGUGCGAUCCGAAGUUGUGGAGUGCAUUUCGGAAGAGUCAUCGGAUAGUGCAGAAGGUGGAGGGCCCAAAUGAUGGGUUGGUGAGUGUAGAGAGUAGUCGGUGGGGGACUUAUAAGGGGACGUUGGUGGGGGUUAGUCAUUUGGAUUUGAUCAAUUGGACGAAUAGGUUGAGGUGGUUGGUCUGGGAGUUGACGGGGAAUGUGAGGAAGUUUAAUGCUAUCGCUUUCUAUCUGGAUAUCGCGGAUAUGCUGGCAAAAGAAGGUCUUUAG